AAGUUGUUUCAUCCUCUACCAAGACGACCUCCCCCUUCACAAGGCUCCGUCAUAUCAUACCAUCUGUUGUCGGUGUGAACUAUAUACGGAGGUUGAUAUUGAUCAAACACCAUUCUAGCCAUUUCGUGUUGAAGAUUAGUCAACUUGACGCCUAUCACCAAGACGAGACGACAAAAUACAGUCAAGCCGUUUGAGCUGUCAUAACGCUCUCAUUGGUGCAUUCACACCUCAUUCGCAUUCGCCCUUCACCUAACCCACUGACAAUCACCGUUGCCAACAAUGGCUUUCCCUCAACCAGGCGGACCGGCUUUUCGUCACGCACAGUCCUUUGCGGAUGCCCAGUCCCAGUUCGACAUUCUCGAGUGGCACCCAUACUUCAUGUCCUGCAUGCGAUACUUCCUGGACCACGCCCAAUACCAUGGCCCUGUGCAGGCUCUUGCUGGAUUCAUCAACAUCCGACUACCUUUCCAGAAGCCCAACCCGGUGCUGUCUUCACAGACAGUCCGCCCACCACCAGAACUAGAGGCGUCUUGUGUCCGGGGAGCAGCGGGAAAGGCACCCGUCGGGGGUUAUGGUCUUCAGUCGUAUGCGAGUGUCAACUUGAUCCCCUAUAUUCGGCGUCUGGUAGCUACGGGAUAUGAUUUUCCCGGAGUUUUGCACGGCUUUUUCGGCGACGACUGGGAGGCUGGGAUCGGGCCACUACACGAGAACGAGCGACGGAACUACCUCUUUGCGGCCAAGAGCUCCAACUGGCUCAAGGUCAAGGCGGCUUACGACAUGAACGAGGAAGAGUCCAUACCGUUUUUGAAACCUUUGCGCGAUGCGACCGAAAGAGAGAUUGUUCUAGCUGAGAGAAGCUGGAGUGAAUGGUUGGCGAUGCAGGACUGGAUGUUGGGACCACGCGCACCAGAUGUGCAGCAAGCCAACGGCAAUGGAAACGGGAACAAUGCCAAUGGAGGACGGAUGCAGGGUAUCAAAAGGGAAGGUGACUAAGAGGGUUUAUACCAGGAGGCUCUGUAACGUGAAUUGGGAACGGAUAGGGGAAAGUUAAUGGGCUGGAUAUGAGUGCUCUCUGUUGAGUGUUGGCA